GGAGAUUCUGUGUGGACACUGUCAAACCCAACAGCCGUCACAUUAGAGAGCUGACAGUCGUAUUUGCGUUGAGGGCCCACGGUGGUUCCACGAAUAACUUCAACACCAGGUAUGAUGGAUCCCAGAGCGCGGUGAGCCCCCGAGCUGGGCCGACGCCACUUCAGCGGCCAGAAAUCCAGGAAUUAGCCACAUCCUGUCCGCCGCCAGUCGCAGGAACACCUGGAAACAUGGGCCGGUGUUGACGUGCCGGUGAUGUGUGCUGGGGACGUGAGGCCGAGCGGUAGGAGCCGCGAUGAGAAACGUUCACAGUGACUGACCACAGCCAGACUCACAGCGACACACACACACAACAUGAAGGAGAAGUCUAAAAAUGCGGCCCGGACUCGACGGGAGAAGGAAAACAGUGAAUUUUAUGAACUGGCCAAACUGUUGCCGCUGCCCUCCGCGAUCACCUCCCAGCUGGAUAAAGCCUCGAUCAUACGACUGACAACGAGCUACCUGAAGAUGAGAGUCGUGUUUCCUGAAGGCCUCGGGGAGUCCUGGGGUCACGUGACUCGCAGCAGCUCUCUGGAUGGAGUCGGCCAGGAGCUGGGCUCACACCUGCUACAGACACUGGAUGGCUUCAUUUUUGUGGUCGCUCCAGAUGGGAAAAUAAUGUACAUAUCUGAAACAGCAUCAGUCCACUUGGGCCUGUCGCAGGUGGAGUUGACGGGAAACAGCAUUUAUGAAUACAUCCACCCAGCAGAUCAUGAUGAAAUGACAGCCGUCCUCACAGCACACCAGCCUUACCACUCACACUUUGUCCAAGAAUAUGAGAUGGAGCGCUCCUUCUUUCUAAGAAUGAAAUGUGUCCUCGCUAAAAGAAAUGCUGGCCUCACUUGUGGUGGCUACAAGGUGAUCCACUGUAGUGGCUACCUGAAAAUCCGUCAGUACAGCCUGGACAUGUCUCCAUUUGACGGCUGCUAUCAGAAUGUCGGCUUGGUUGCUGUUGGACACUCACUGCCUCCCAGCGCUGUCACUGAGAUCAAACUGCACAGCAAUAUGUUUAUGUUCAGGGCCAGUCUGGACAUGAAGCUCAUCUUUCUUGACUCACGGGUUGCAGAGCUGACGGGCUACGAGCCUCAGGAUCUAAUAGAGAAGACUCUCUAUCAUCAUGUUCACAGCUGUGACUCCUUCCACCUGCGCUGUGCUCAUCACUUGUUGCUGGUGAAAGGUCAGGUCACCACAAAGUACUACCGGUUCUUGGCCAAGCAAGGUGGCUGGGUCUGGGUUCAGAGUUAUGCAACCAUUGUACACAACAGCCGCUCAUCCAGACCUCACUGCAUAGUCAGUGUCAACUAUGUUCUCACGGAGACAGAAUACAAAGGCCUCCAGCUUUCUCUGGAGCAGGCCACAUCCAAGACCUCUUUCCCGUACAGCAACAGCACUGCCAGUAGCCGCCCAGAGAACUGCAGAACUCCCAAGAGCAGAGUAUCCCGGCCCAAGACAAAAGCUAGACUCUCCCCUUACACACAGUAUCCUAGCUUCCAGACAGAGCGAUCAGAGUCUGACCAGGACAGUCCAUGGGGAAGUAGCCCCCUCACCGACUCUGCCUCCCCUCAGCUGUUGGAGCAAAAUGAAGGCCUGGAUGCCUCAUGUGUCUACAGGCAGUUCACUGAUCCUCGCACACUCUCCUACAGCCUGUCUGAUGAGCAGCAUCACACCACCAGCGACAGCCACACACACUUUCAUGGUCAAGGUCAGAGUUGUGAGCGAGGUCGAUGUGAGGCAGGCAGAUAUUUUUUAGGAGCCCCUCCGCCUGGCAGGGAUGCAUGGUGGGGCAGUGCCCGGUCCAUCCUACCACUGAGCAAGAGCUCCUUGGAGAACCAUGAAGCAUAUGACAGCAGCAUGCCACACAUCGCAGCCAUCCACAGUUACCAUGGCCGAAGCCACUGGGAUGAAGACAGCGUAGUCAGCUCUCCAGAUGGAGGCUCAGCCAGUGACUCAGGGGAUCGGUACCGAGCUGACCACUACCGCUGCAGCCCACAGGAGCCCAGCAAGAUUGAGACGCUAAUCCGAGCCACACAGCAGAUGAUCAAGGAAGAAGAAAGUAGACUGCAGUUGCGCAAGGGUCCCCAGGACGCCCCACUAGGGCCAGCCAAUGGUCUACCCAAGGGUCCUGGUCCUUGCUUCACUUCAGAGUGUACUCAAGGGCCCCUGCCACUACAGACUGUCGUGUGUCGAGGUUUGAGUCAGGUGAUCAGCCCUACACCUAGCCCUGCGCCUUUAUCCAGGCUCAGCAGUCCUGGCUCUGAGCGCAUCCACAAGCCCAAAGACUACCUCCAGACAGACCUUGCCCCCCUUUCUUUGCAAUUACACCACCCUUUUGGCCGGCCAGGUGCAUGUUCGGCUUCCCCUACGCCGGCCCUCUACCCCUCCCAUACCCACCCACGGCCGUACUUGGACAAGCAUACAGCAUACUCCCUGACAGGCUACGCUCUGGAACACCUCUAUGACCCAGACAGUCUCCGGGGCUACUGCACCUCCACCAGCACUGGCCCCACCCACUACGAUCACCUCCGCAUCCCGGCAGAACAGACACCUGGACACAAAGGCACCUCUGUCAUUAUCACCAAUGGUAGCUAACACUCAUCUGACACACAGAUUGAGACUAUAGUCACAUGUUAGCUCCCAUUGCAGCAGUAAGCCAUUUUCCUGCAUCCUGUUAAGUGUUUUUCCAUCAUACCAGACAAUUCUGUUCCAAAUCAAAUUUAUUGUUUCAUAAUACAGCCAAAAUUCAAUUUCAAAUGAUGCUCAAACUUAAAUGUCGAAGAAAUCUGCUAAAGAACACAUGAACCAGUGUUUUUCUGGGUGCUAUGUGAAUAUUUUCAAGAGGGAACAACAAGCUUACAUUAAAACAGUGCCUGUAAUUCUGGUCGAUAAUGUUCUAUAGCACCUUUGAUGAGUGUGUUUGCUUUUUUUUAGGCCCAGGAUUGGGUGCAAAAUUUGAGAAAUGUUUAGAACUAAAUCCAAGCAUAGAUUCUUUCUUUUUUUUGUUAAAGUGAGAUCCCAAUAUAGUCUGACUUGACCUGAACUCUCCCACUUAGACCUGUUCAAAAAUGUGGUUGACCCAAACAGACUCCAUAGUGAGACAACACUAAGACUGCCAGCAGCAUGAUGUCCAGUUAAUGAACAGCCAUGGUUCAAAGCAGCAUGAAUUAGUUCAAAUAUUACUUGGAAACCAGCCUGACAUGAUCUCAGGAGCCAGGACCCGAACAGGCUGAGAAGCAUCAAUGCUCACUUCCAUUAUUUCCUUUAUGUUCUGGUCCCUCUAGUGGAGCAGAGACAUAACCAUGUGGUCAGCAGCAUGCACAGACAAGGCACACACAGCUAGAAAUAUAAGACGACUAAGCAUGUUCUGCAGCUUUCAAAAUUCUGCUUGAUUACAUCUUCUCUUAAUCUCUUUGUCAAAUUUGACUCAAGUGCAAACUCAGUUUGCCAGUGGCAGAAUAUUUUUCCAUGCCCUCUAGAACAACACAAAGAAGUGUUGAUGCUCUGAUGCCCCUAUCUGAAGGACGGCAUUUGGCUGUGCUAAAGUCACAAAUCACUGUUCAAUGUUUUAUGAUGUGAUUGGUAUAAGCUUGGCUAUAUUAAGACACAAAGUCCACUUAGUUAUGUUUAUGGAAAGAUCCCAGUUUGUGUUAAAAUGUCUACUUCUUUAGAGCAGGUUGUCCUUUAAGAUUGGCAUUGCACCUCCGGCCCCUUCACAUGUCAGUGUCCCUGGGCAAGACACUGAACCCCAAGUUGGUCCCGAUGGCAGACAGGCACCUUGCAUGGCAGCUCUGUCACCAUGCCUGUCUCCAUGUAUGAAUGUGUGUGUGUGAAUGGGUGAAUGAGAAACACAUUUUAAAGCACUGAAAGGGAGAACGGUGAUGUGUAAGUGCAGACCAUUUAAUGAUAACCACUUGAGUAAGAACAGGCAAUGCUUGUGGUCAUGGUUUUUGAAAAAACUUCGACACAGGAAACAAUCACCAGUUUCUCAUUUUAAAUUGUAAUGUUUUGUUUACCAAAUUGUCCACCCCAACCUUCCCCCUAAAAAGAAUCUCUCACCCCUUCCUCCUCUCCUCACAGCUUCAGGAAGUUUUGCCAUAUGAACAUAAACAUGUCAUUUCAGAGAUUUUGCUGGAAUGACUGAUGCUGUUGUUGUUGGAAGAAGAAUCUGCAAAACAUACAUAAAAAGUCCAAUGGAAAUGGAAGUAAAUUAAACUUUUAAGAGGUGGCAUCGGUACUAAAAUACUUGUACAUUUGAUCAGCAUUGCUCCAUGACUGUUACAGCUCUCCCAUACACAAAAAUGCAACAGCAAAACUGAACAAUACAGUGUAUCUCUUCUGCCAUUGCCUCAUCACAGACUGUUAAUAGGUUUGAUUUUUCAAAGGGUGAAAUGUAGGCCACACAAAUGGAAAAACUAACAAUGCUCUGGUCAAAAUAGAUCAGUAUGAUGGAAAAAAGGAAAACAAAGCAGGGUAGAAAAUGGCUGUAGUUUUUUGCUUUAAUGUCUGUUCCUGUCUAUGUCUCUCCUCCACCUGUCUACGUUGUCCAAUUGUUCUAUUACUUUUGGUUUUACUGAGCUGUAUAGCCUUUUUGCACUAUAGGAGAUGAAGUUAAUGUAAAGCCAUCUCCUUUUUCAAGUCCUUUUAGUGAGGAGACAUGACAGAGUUGUGUGUGGGGCACUUUGCAGUGAUGCAGAUGAAGCUUACAGUACAGGUUUGUCCUGAAAAAAAGGGUGUCAUUUUAAACUUCACAGACUAAUAUGCAAAACUGUCCUGUACAUGUCUUUUUUUCCCCUCAAUUUUUGGUAACUUGAAGGAAAUACUAAAGAAAGAGGUAGAUACAUUGAUGACCAUCUAGUGAGAACCAUGGACACUGAAUGCAUCGUUGGACAUAUUUGAAUGGGUUACGCAGGACUGUGGUGGAAGGAAUAUAUUUGAUUAGCAACCCAAUAAAAUGAGCCGAGGAAUUUUCUACUGCAGUUUAGCAAACGCUAAAGUAUGAUCCAGGGAACUCAUAGAAUAUAUGAAGUAUUGUGUGGUUUUCAUCGUGAUAUUUCCAGUAAUCAUGAGUGACCAUAAGAAGACUGACACUUGUGACCAUAUGCAAUUUGUUGGGAUGCCAGGUCAGGCAGCUUCACUGCAUCAAUUACUAUGACAGAUCCAUGAAGCAACUGUUGAUUAUUGUUAUGUUUGGGCAUGUUUGUACAACAAGAUUCAAGCUUUCUCUUGGAUUUUCUUCUUUAUAUCUUCCUCAGUCCUUAGAUGAACCUAUAUUUAUAUUGGAAGUUUAGAUUAUUUUGGUUUUCAUUUUGUUAAAGCCUUAAAUGUGCUCAGUUUCAUGAAGUUAUUUAUGGUGUACUGUAAAUAUGCUCAAAAAACAAAAUGCUAACACAUUUAAGCACAUGGGCAAAUACUGUAUUUAUUGACUAAAUGUUACUUUAUACGUUUGAAAUAUAGCUGCAAUCACAUCCAGUCUAACUGCUUGUAAAUUGAGUGUGUUUUUGACUGAAGCAAAGUCUAAAAGAAAACAAAAUAAAAUCAUUUUGCAGAAA